GCAAUCAUGGACUCAACACUGCAACAGCGCCGCGAUGAGAUUCUCGCAAAGAAGGCCAAACUCGCCGAACUCAAGCAGGCGCGAGCCAUUCGGAAAGAGCAGGCUGCUGCAAGACAGUCUCUAACCGGCUCACCCUCCGAGAUACUUCAACCAACACCGAAGCGCGGAGGUCUGGAUCAAGGGCACGACAUUGAUGCCAUAAUCAGCGGAAUAUACGAAAACAGCCGACCUGGCUCUACACAGCCUGGCUCGCCAGCCGGCGGUAGAACGACACGCCCAACCUCGGUCAUUAGUGCUGGCCAAUUGAGCAGUGACAAUGAGUCUGGCACAGGAACUUAUCGAGCGCCGCUAGGCAUGGUGGAUCAAGGGAUGCAAACCCUGUCCAUUGCGCCUCUGUCCACUGUCUUCGAAUACGAGGGUCAACCAGUCGAGGCACCUCCCCCCCGAAAGGAAGAGGUCAUUACAUACAGCAAGGGUGUACAAGCAAGCAUAGACUGGAGUCCGCCGCGGGAUCGUGGAGUAGGUGGGAGCGAUUCGGAGCGCGACGAAAGCCCCACCCGCUCACCGCGAAGCAAGAGAUUGAGUCGCAGGCAGAAAGAGCGCGACGAGGAGAUCCGGUUACAAUUGAAAAAGGAGAUUGAGGAAGAACUCAAAGCUGCCGACAAAGCUGCAGAGGCAGGAGAGGUACCGACAACGUCCAAGGAGAACUUUCCAUUCAAGACGCUCACAGACGAGGAACUUACGGCGGUGGAGAGCUCGGACGUCUUUAUUGACUUUGUGGAGAGAAGCACAAAGGUUCUGGAGAGGGCGCUGGAUCAGCAACUAGACUACGACAUUCUGGCAGACUAUGCCCACGAGAACUCGAACGUGGACGAGGAAGACGAAGGUUAUGGGUCAAGCGGAGCUAAGAAGGGUAGGAGGAUAAAGGAGAUUGCGCAAUUCUGGGACGAUAGAUGGAGUAAGAAGAGGAUGAUCUCCGAUCUAGGUUUCUCCCCAAAGUUUCCCGAACUCGUUCUCGCCUCCUACACCAAAAACCCCUCUGCUCCACAUGAUCCGGAUGGCCUGAUCCAAGUCUGGAAUUUACAUAUGCAUGACCGACCCGAGUACAUCUUCCACGCUCAGUCCGAUAUUCUUACCGCCAAAUUCUCCCCGUUCCACCCUAACAUCAUCAUUGGUGGCGCAUACUCUGGACAAGUGCUUCUGUGGGAUACACGAGCCAAGUCUGCUCCCGUCCAGAAAACGCCACUCACCGGCUCUGGACACACCCAUCCAGUAUAUUCCAUCGACAUUGUUGGCACACAAAACGCGAACAACAUCAUCUCUGCAUCGACCGACGGCGUAGUAUGCGGAUGGACAGUAGACAUGCUCUCACAACCUCAAGAAUUCCUCGAACUCACCUCCCCGCCCCCCUCGAAGACGGACGAUAUAGCAGUGACAUCCAUUGCUUUCCCACAAUCCGAUCCCACAUAUUUCCUUGCCGGUACAGAGGAAGGGUCCAUCUACCCCUGCCAUCGUUACGAUCGUGCUGGUGCUAAAGCUGGUGUGGACGGUCGCGUCAAGUAUGCAGGACAUGGUGGACAUGCUGCACCGGUCAUGAGCUUGGACUUCCACCCCGCAAAGGGUCAAAUCGAUCUAGGCGAUCUCGUGCUCAGUUCCUCCGUAGACUGGAGCGUCAAGCUCUGGAAAGUCCGUCCGCCGGCUGCCACAGGACCCUCCAACACCGCUGCACCGCUCGGACAACAGGUAGAGCCUAUCCUUGACAUUGCGCGCGAAGAUCUCGUCUAUGAUGCUCGAUGGUCUCCUGUGAGGCCGUCCGUCUUCGGCCUGGUCGACGGGGCAGGAAGUCUGGAGAUCUGGGAUCUGAAUGUGGACGUGGAAGUCCCUGUACAGAAGACGACGCCGAGUGAGAACAAAAAGGGUGCGUUUGAAAAUAUGGGUGGCCGGAUCUACAUGAACAGGAGUCUCAACAAGCUUUCCUGGGAGAAGAAUGAGGGGAGAAGAGUCGCCGUUGGCGGUAUGGAUGGUGUGGUUACCGUGUUUGAGGUGGGUGGUGACCUCGGAGGCGUCGAGACCAAGGGAGAUGAAUGGAGCGGUGUGAAGAAGUUGGUGAGCAAGCUGGAAGGUGCUGGCGAAGGUGUGAAUGGGAACUGA